AUGUCAGAUCCCCAAAAUCAAAGCUCACUGGCUACUUUGUUAUGGGACCACCAGAACCUGAUCCCUCUACAGAAGAACCUUGUGGACGGGGAUUUGGUUCUACUAUUAACUCCUGCUGUGGUUCCCCUGGAUCCAGCUCUUCCCAGUUCAACUGAUCCUUUUCAGCCUCUUGGCAAAGCAUUGGAGCAGUCAUAUCCCUUCAUCAGACACGUUCCAUAUACCAAAAACUCCGGCAUCACUGGUACACAUGUGGCAUUUAUCAAGAAAGCGCGAACUAUCAUCUUCGUGCUCAGUGUGUUCUCAUCUGAUGAGGGUACUUUUCAACUAGAACUCACCGAUAUGGUUCGAGAAGACAGGGCCCGAGAGUACGAGUUUCAGACUGUAGUGCAGUGUUCGGGAUAUUUCGUGUCCGAUUUGCAGGCGGUCGCCGCUGUUUUGACCACGGAACUAUCAACGACUGCCGCUAAGUCAAUGUCCAGCGACCUUCCUCCUUCACCCAGUUGGUCACUUGUUGGAUGGGACUUUAAUACAGAUCUUCCCGAGAUACAUACCUUGUGGGAGGCAUCUUUCCCCUCCAAGUUCCGUCUGGAUCGUGCAGCUCUUGGUUCCGCCCUGAAACGCGAUGGGUAUGCGAUGCACUAUAUCGUCCGGGAACCUCAGAAUGGGAAGGUUAUUGGAUUCUGCGCUACGUUUACGACAUACAUAGAUAACAGCGCCGAUCGCUUGAUUGGAUCAAUAGCAGCCAUCAUUGUUCACGAGAACUAUCAGGGUCAAGGCAUCGGUCGUAUGCUUCACAAUGAAGUUGUGAGCAAACUCAGCAAAAUUCGAGGAGUCAGCAUUAUACAAAUCGGUAGCACAUUUCCAAGACUGUUUUAUGGGUUGCCAGCUCAUGUGACCAAUACGGAAUGGUUCGAGAAACAAGGAUGGAAGUUGAAGGAGUCUACUAAGCCUGGUCAUGGUCGACUUGUUCUAGAUUGGCUCUUGAAAUUCGCCGAUACUCCGAUGCCUGAUUUAGCUUCAGCCGGUUUGACAUUCAGAUCCUGCCAGCUCUCUGAUUACCAGCAGGUCAUAGAUAUUGCGACUAAAGAGUCACAGAGGAGAUUUGGGUUCGGAUGGUAUGACCAAUAUGCCAGAACUAUGGACAGUUCCUAUAUUAAUGACGUUGUUGUUGGUCUUGAGGGAGACAACUUGGUCGCGGCAGCAAUCACUUACUUCCCCAACAAUGGGAGCCCCUGCGGUGCAGAUAUCCCAUGGCCGGCUGCAAUAGGACAAGGAAUUGGGGGUGUUUCGUGUAUCUGCAUCAAAGAUGAAGAUCCUGACAUGGUCAAUCGUCGAGACUCAGUAGCAACUAGACUGCUUCUUGCUUGUCGUCAGACUCUGAGCGAAAGAGGGAUGGUGGGGAUGUUUGUUGACGGCAGUAGGCAUGAUGAGAACGUGUUGCAGUCUUUAGGUAAGGAAAACCCGGUCCCCUUGCCUGCGUUUUCUCACCCCAAGCUUUUCCAGGGUUCAGCAAAUGGGCGGAGUAUAAAGAGGUAUGGCGUAAAGUCUAAGCAUGAAGAUGCUCUUCUAUCUACGUCAGGAGCUAUGAAUAAGCGCGACCGGCAACCUCAUCCAGAACGUAGGUGUGGGAGAGAUGCUGGGAGAGCUGCGAUCCAGGUACUGGUCAAGAAGGAUGUCAAACAAAUUCGAACCGGAACCGGAACCUUCGAGUACAACUUCGCAGGCAAUUCUUUUUCGAUGUUGUCUGAAAACCCUGGUUGCCUAAACACUGAAUCGACAUCUUCGCCCCGUAUGGCAAUGGAUUAUCUCAUUAUUUUCACUCUGCAUCACACAUGCUCAUCACCAAGAUUCGCAUCUAGCUAA